AUGGCGUUGACUGCCGACGCGCUCGAAACCAUUUCCUCUAUGGUGGAGCAGGCCAGUGAGGGCCGCAUGGUUCAGACGAUGGGGGCCCUGUUCACUUACCUCGAGGACAAGCAGCUGAUGUGGCGUCAGCGAGUGAGCCCUAGAUUCGUGCAUUGCCAUCCCGCAAAUCGCGACGGCUACGGCCUGAACGCUAUGGAUUGUCACUCUUUGCUGCGUGAUAUCUCCGCCUGCGGGUGGAAUUGGGCGCAAAUAGACGCCAUGGCGUGCGAGGUACCGGGGUCAGGCCCCUCGCACGACUCCGUGCUGGAGUUCAACGUAGCGCAGCAGCUCGGCUCGGGCGGCCUCCUGCCGACAGUCGAGCCACACACCAUCAAACUGGCUUCGCUGAGUUGCAGCCACACCAACAUGGCCCUGCGGUUGAUCCUCGCUGAGAUGGCCCACGAGUGUGACUCGCUCUGUCUGAACGGGCGCCUCAACCUGGAGAGGGUGCGCCAACACGACGCGCAGCUGUACGAGGCCUCGCAGAGUGGCCUGCAGUGGCGAGUGAUUUCUGCAGACGUCAUGCAAGCGGUGCCUAAGUUGGCCAGCCUUGUCCAAGAGGCAAUGAACGCUGGCGGGCAACUCCAGCGGCGCGAGCACGAGCUCCAGUUGGCCCGCCGCAUUUUGAACACGUGGCGGGAAGUGUCGGCUGGUAGGACGGACCCGGUGGCCUUCGCUGAGAUCCGAGACAGGGUGCUCCGGAGCAAACCGCCAUGCGCCCCGUGCUUGCCACACAUGUACGGGUUCCUGAUGAAGUGGGGCGGUGGCCCAUCGGGCUCGGCAAUGGUCGAGACGGAGUCCGUGAUCAAGCAGUUUGGAUCCUCCACCGAGAGAUCGCUGGGCCCAGACUUUUGGGACGCCAUUGGGGCAUCAGGCCCAGCUGACUGCAAACGCAUGUGCAGCGCCAACCUGCUGCAGCCAGUUCUCCACGCGGAGGGCAUCAUGCAAGAAAUGCGAGCGCUGGCAUCCACAGCUGUCAACAAAGAGGCCAUCAUGCAGGAGCACGGCGUUGUGCUGACCAAGAAGUGGGAGUCCCACAGGGUGACCGGCGACGAGGUCUCCACCGCUGCCAGCUCGAGCGGACAGAGCGCCGGCCCUGCGCCGCUGGGCUGCCGUAGGAUGAGGCAUUACGAUGCAUCGGGCAAGCCUGCCCAUCCAGACGAGCUCUUGCUGGAGUACGGCUUCAAGGUGGGGGAUUGGGCAUGCCGCAAGGCAGACAAGGUCGUUGCUGUGAUCACAGCAGCCAAGCCGGAUGGAUCCAUCAUCAUCUCCAUCAACGACGGCCUCAUCAAUGGCUCCGCUAGGGUUUCGAUAAAGUCCUUUGCCGCGGGGGAAUGGGUCAAACAUACACCCAAGGCCCGGCCCCAGGAGCUCGCCAACCACUGGGAGCAUGGAUGCCUCAAUCACCCGGACUUUCAGGCCGCCGUUUUCCGGGGGAAGGUGAUGCUGGAGCUGGACUGGCUGAUCAGGGAGCACAAGGAGGUUCCAAAAAGUUUGAAGGUGGUCUUGAAGCCGAGCAAGGCCGUUGUCUCCAUCUGUGCUUUCCAAGAAGGGCAGCUGGUGCUGGUUCCAGCCACCACCCGAGUGGAGGUGAAAGAAGGGUCCCGUGGUCACAGCGCAGCCAACAUCCCGCUAGGGAAGCGACCUGAUGGUGAGAAGCUCCUGUGGUCCCUUGCGCCCGUCACAUCGGUCCCGAAGGAUUCCAAACAGGGGCUGUUGGACACCUUCUGGUUCGUUCAGGCGACGAACGAUGCAGAGGCUGCAAACAUGGCCAUUUCCCCUGAUCUCGACGGCAAGGAGCUGGCCACCCCGCCGGGCAACGUCACAAUUCCUCUCAUGAAGAACACGGUCAGCAUCACGCCGGGCACGACUCUCACGGUCUUUCGCCCCAAAUCCGAGAAGCUGGUGGAGCUUGCGGAGAUAUUGCCGGAAGCUCCUCCGAAAAAGCGGAAGGUCGGCAAGCAGAACGGAGAUCUCUGA